CUGGUGGUCACCGGUGCUCGGGAGAGGACUUUAAUUCAAGGCUUGCUUGAGGUCCGUUCACAUACUUUUAAUACGAUACGGCUCACAAGCAGUCAACAAAACGAAUUGUAGCCUAGCGAGCCUCACAGUUCUUAGGACAGGCCCCGCCCGCGUGGAGUUUGCAUGGUCUCCCCGUGCCUGCGUGGGUUUUCUCCGGGCACUCCGGUUUCCUCCCACAUCCCAAAAACAUGCAUGCUAGGUUAAUUGAAGACUAAAUUGCCCGUAGGUGUGGCUGUGAGUGCGAAUGGUUGCUUGUUUGUAUGUGCCCUGCGAUUGGCUGGAAACCAGUUCAGGGUGUACCCCGCCUCCUGCCCGAUGAUAGCUGGGAUAGGCUCCAGCACGCCCGCGACCCGCGUGAGGAGAAGCGGCUCAGAAGAGGGAUGGAUGGAUGUAUGCAAAAUAUCUUAAUCGAAAACACAAUGUUCAAAUUUCUCUGUCUGAACCGAAACAUUGAGAACUUCACAUCUUUUAUAAUUUUUAACCCCCUCUAAUGUCCUGUAUUGCCUCGUACAAGUUUGAAAGUUCAAGUGAAAAUCUAUUUGAAGCUUGAACAUUUUUUAUUUAUUUUUUGCUAACAAUAGAAUUAAAUUUACAGCUCUGCUGCAGUUUAUACUCCCCAUUUCGAAUUUCUAACAUCAAUCGUUUUCCUUCAGCAUUUCCUCAACCUCUCUAAAAGACCCGGAGCACACAGGUUUGAGUCCAACUGUGGACAAAAAUGUAAAAAAAGGGAAACUUGUUGUUGGAGAGACUUCUAGUGUGUGGGCCCUUGAGCUCAGCUCAAGAGAUGCAGUUGCAGCACACUUUAGCUCUUCUUACAUGCCUGCAAAUGUGUGUGGUGCAACACAAAGUUUACAUCGGAGUGGGAGGUUACUUUUUCCUUGAGGGACAACAAUCGGUAAAAUCAGAAAAAAAAGUUUGUCAAAGACUUUGACUGAAAAACAGAAACGACAUUCAUCAGACUUAACUGGUUUCGAGAUAUUUUUGUGACAUUUUAAUAAAGACAAAUGUAACUUAUAAAAACAUCAUGGAAAAGUAAUAACCUAUAAGUACUGCAGUGUCCUAGUGCUGGAUGUGUGCCUUUCACGGUCGUGGCCCAGCGAGUUCAGUCAGAAGCCGGAAUCUGGUUGGCCGGUUCGUCGAGUUGUGGCCUACAGCAGCUCCUUGCGUGUUCUAAUUUUGUAUUUAACUGCUUACACCGUUGAAGAAACUGCUCCUGUGGCUCUCCAUGCCCACACGCCAGGGCAUCUAAGUACAUUGUGGCCGAACAACAACAAAACCAGUGAUAGUUCGUAACUGGAAAAACUUGCAAGUCACGGACGGUACCUCUGUAUAUUAAUAGUGAACAAAUUUUUGGGGUGUCGGCAUUGUUUACUUCAAACAAAGCAUUUGGUCAAAUUUUCAACAAAAGCAAGUUUGAAGGUGGACUAUGAUCAAGACGACGAGGUCGAAUGUGAGGAGACUAGCGCUGGGCAUUAAGACCAGAAGUGGGUAGAGUAGCCAAAUAUUGUACUGAAGUAGGAGUACUGUUACUUUAGAAUAAUAUGACUCAAGUAAAAGUAAAAAGUAGUCAUCCAAAAAUUUACUUAAGUAAGAGUAGGAAAGUACUCAAUGAAAAAACUACUCAAGUAAAGAGUAACUUGGGAGUAACUUCUGAUUAUUUAUUUUUAAAUCCGAGCAUGAGCAUCAAAUAAAAUAAAAAAAUAACAUGGCAGUCGGCACACAUCUGCCACCAUUUCAAUUUUAAACUGCCCAAAAACCAACACGUGCAUUGGGCCCUACAGAAACAUUAUUUGCUUUAUUCACUGAAAUGACUUCAUGAAGAAGCUUUUUGCUGACCAGACUGCGUGUGUGUGUGUGUGUGUGCGCGCGGCACCAUAUGAUAGAGCUAAUUUUGCCAUAUCACUGCCAAAACAACAAUAGAAACAUCUGCAACUUACUGCAAGGUGUGUUCUCAAGUUAGAAGUGGCCUGAAAUAAUUUGAGCAGUCACAAUUUAAGCGCUGCAUGACAAAGCCGUUGUUUUUCACAGUCUGGAAAGUAAACACACUUGUGCGGCUGUUUUUCUUUUCCUGAGUCAUAUUGAUUGGCUCGCGAAGGCUACGUGAGAAGUCCUGUGACUGCCUUGUGUCGUCUGAUUGGCGCAAUGGGCACCCUAUGCGGAAGUAGAAGAUGGAGUCUAAAAAUAGAUACGCACACGCAGGAAUGCAUAAAUAAAAGUAGCGAGCGGGAUGUCGAUCAUUGUAACGAGUAAAAGUGUCGAUCCUUCUUCACAUAAAUACUCAAGUAAAAGGUAUAGUGCAUUUUAAGUUUAUGGAAAAUGUUACUUGAAUAAAUGUAACGGAGUAAAUGUAGAGCGUACUACCCACCUCUGAUCAAAUGAAAAGAAUACAACUCGAAUUGGCUCGCCUGCUUGUCCCGUUCGGGCGCAGCCCUGUUGUUUGCUUUGCGGGUCUUCUUCGUCUGGAGAAUUUGAGCACCGUCAUUGUGUGCUGCUGCCUCCAAGCAGCAGAGAAAAAAAGAAGGCGAACUUAUAAAAUUAGUAAUAUCGAUAAAGGAGUUUGCAGGAUUUUUUCCCCAAAAUUUGUAUUUAAAUUUUGAUAUAUAAAUAUAUAUUUAGCCGGCACGGUGGCCGACUGGUUAGCACAUCUACCUCACAGUUCUGGGGACCGGGGUUGAAAUCCUGGCCCCGCCUGUGUGGAGUUUGCAUGGUCUCCCCUUGCCUGGGUGGGUUUUCUCAGGUUUCCUCUCACAUCCCAAAAACAUGCAUUAAUUGAAGACUCUAAAUUGCCCGUAGGUGUGAAUGUGAGUGUGAAUGGUUGUUUGUUACUAUGUGCCCUGUGAUUAGCUGGUGACUGGUUCAGGGUGCCUCAAGCCUCCCGCCCGAAGAUAUCUGGGAUAAGCUACAGCAGCCCGCGACCCGAGUGAGGAUAAGCGGUAAAAGAAAAUGGAUGGAAAUAUAUAUUUAUGCAGAAAAUUGGUAUAUAAACAUAAAUUUGACAUUUUGUUAGUAAAGAACAAAAACAAAUCUAACAAACAAGGGGAAAAAAGUCCAAAGGUUAUAAGACAGUAAACUCCUUUUAAUUCAUGACUGAUAAGUCACCAAUGUAUUGCAGUGUAUAAAUACUUUUGUUAGUUUUAAGUUAUUUGUGUACAAAGUAAUAGUAUUUGAACAUUUGGAAGGGAAUUGCAAAUUAAAAUUUUGCGCAAGUUAUUUGCAGGGAUUUCUCUGUACACGUUUUCAAGAGUCACAUAUUUUGGGACGUGUAUGAAUUCAUAGUUUAAAUCGUUGCUCUUCCUGUUUAUCAAUAUGAACAUUUGUCGCUUGGGAACUCGUGACUUUUAUUGUGAAGAGGUGCUGUCAAAAUCAGCUGUGUGGGUGCAGUGUGGCCGUCCGGUGCUUGAUUUUGUUGGUCUUUGUCAACGUUUGAAGGCUCAUCAUCUGAGGAAGAAUCAGGACGCAACAGAACUUCCUUUAGAGGCUUCAUUUAAUAACAUUGCGACCUCACAAGUGCACAUCCACGCGCUGAUGGCGGUGCCAAAGAGGGGCGACGGUGGCGGCAUGCUGCGUGACCUGCAAGUGGCGCUGCAGCUGAAGAUCAAGGAGCUGAUAGAGCGAGACGCAUUGAUUGACGAGUUGGAGUUGGAGCUGGACACCAAAGAGCUCCUGAUUAGACAUCUGCAGGCUGAGCUGGAUGGUCAGCGCAGUUCUGCGCCUGGUGCUGACAACACUGCCGCCGAGGUGCCAAACGCAGCAGGUGAUGCUCCACCGAUGACGCCAGUGUCAUUGGACGAGCCUCAGCGUAUCAAGAGACAGGCAAUCUCUGCAGAACCCACCGCUUUAGACCCGGCCCAGCUCACUGAUGUCACGCUCACCAGCUACUGCAAGACCAAAGAGUCCAGUGAGCUGAUCCAGAGGGCGCUGAUGGACAAUGACUUCAUGAAGCACCUGGAACAUGGACAGAUCCUCACCAUCCUGGACUGCAUGCGGCCCACCAGCCUGGACAGAGGAUGCUGCGUCAUCCAGGAGGGCGACGACGGAUCCAGCGUCUACGUUCUUGAGGAGGGUAUGGUGGAGGUAACCAAAGAAGGAAAAAAGUUGUGCACCAUCGGACCUGGAAAAGUCUUUGGAGAGCUCGCCAUCUUGUACAACUGCACUCGCACGGCCACGGUGACAGCGCUGACCGACAUCAAAUUGUGGGCCAUCGACCGUCAGGGGUUUCAAACCAUCAUGAUGAGGACCGGCCUCAUCAAACAUUCCCAAUACACCGACUUCCUGCGGAGCGUUCCGUCCUUCCAGGCCCUUCCUGAGGACAUUCUCAGCAAGCUGGCGGACGUUCUGGAGGAGACUCACUACAGCGAUGGUGAUUAUAUCAUCCGGGAGGGUGCCACAGGGGACACCUUCUUCAUCAUCAGUGAGGGUCAGGUGACCGUGUCGCAGCAGAGCACCUCCAGUGGUGAGAAGGUGAUGCUGUCCAAAGGCGACUGGUUUGGCGAGCAAGCGCUGAAAGGGGAGGACGUGCGCACGGCCAGCGUGACAGCAGUCGGCGCCGUCACCUGUCUGGUGGUGGACAGAGAGUCCUUCAAGCAGCUUAUUGGCGGCCUGGAGGAAGCCAACAACAAGCAGAGCGAUGACGAUGAAGUCAAAGCCAAGCGUCUGGCGGAGGCCGACUUUUUCUCCAGCGUGAUGCUUGACGACUUCAAUGUGGUCUGCACCCUGGGAGUGGGCGGCUUCAGCCGCGUUGAGCUGGUUCAGCUGAAGAGCGACGCCGGGCGCUCGUUCGCCCUCAAAGUGUUGAAGAAGUCCCACAUCGUUGACACCAGACAGCAGGAACACAUCCUGUCGGAACGUCGCAUCAUGAUGGAUGUCCACAGCCGCUUCAUCAUCAGGUUGUAUCGGACCUUCCGUGACGCAAAGUAUUUGUACAUGCUGUUGGAGGUUUGUCUUGGCGGCGAGCUGUGGACGCUCCUACGAGACAGACCAUCUUGUCAGUUCCGUAUUCUGCCAGGGGCUCGUUUGACGACGGGACAACGAGGUUCUACACGGCGUGCGUCAUUGAAGCUCUGGCAGAACUCCACUGCAAAGGGAUCAUCUACCGAGACCUCAAGCCGGAGAACAUCAUCCUGGACCACAGAGGCUACGCCAAGCUGGUGGACUUUGGCUUUGCUAAGAAAGUGGGCCUGGGGAAGAAGACCUGGACCUUCUGCGGGACUCCCGAGUAUGUGGCCCCGGAGAUCAUCCUCAACAAAGGUCACGACAGCUCGGCUGACUGCUGGUCCCUGGGGAUUCUGGUCUUUGAGCUUCUCAGCGGAAGUCCGCCGUUUUCUGGCUCGGACCCAAUGAAGACGUACAACAUCAUCCUUAGGGGCAUCGACAUGGUGGAGUUUCCCAAAAAGAUCACCAAGAGUGCCGCCAACCUCAUCAAGAGACUCUGCAGGUUGUGGCCCAGCAAAGAGUCAGAUUGAGAAUCUGAAAAUUUCACAGUAUUUCUCCCUGCGGGCUAAUCAAGGGAACAGAGAGCUGCACAGCCAUUUUCAAACGCUAACAGCAUAAAAUAAAUAUGGGCAUGAAAAAGUACAAAGGGUGCAGUAGAGGCAAUAGAAACAUUCCACAGUUGGAAGAUGUUUCUAUAGACCCAGAAGUGGGUUGUGGACCGGCUGUAAAAAAUGACAGGGGGUCCCUUGGUCUAUGACAUUACCGACUUACAAUGUGUGGAGGUUACAAAUGGCAUGUAAUGAAGUCGUUUGUGCAGUGGCCCAAGAAUAUAUGGUCUUGCUGCAAACAGCAUACUUACCAUGUUUCACUGGUUUCUUUUAUAUUAAACAAGUAUUUUACAUACAAAUGGAAUAGCGACCGGGAACAGCAUGUUGUGUCUUGUGUACAAAUUUGAGUUACGUUUCUGCCGUGGAACUCUGCCGUAAGCAAGGGUACACCAUGCAGUGAAAUAUUUCUAUAGUAUCUCAGAUUGGACUUGCCUUUUAUCUGGAAAACACCAUUAUUAUGACAGGUACACAUUACAAAAGUUAGCACUUUGGGUAAGGGACUUUCCUCAGUGCCAAGUUUUAAGUGAAAUUCUGUGGCUGUACCGUUUGCAGUUUUACAAAUGGAUCUUGCUAUAUUCAUUGAGCACUCAGUUAUCAUGUUCAUCCUCACGUUCUUGGUAAGCACGUUUUUAAAAUACUGUAUAUCAUACCAAACCUCCAUCAUUAGGUUUGUGGGAGUCAUUUUCUCCCAAGCAUGUGGAAAAUGUUUGCCUGGGUAGUCAUGGAGUCAUUUUGAAGAGAAGAAGAAUCAGCUUUAUUGUCAUGAACAUGCAUGCAUGCACAGGAAAUUUGUUCUCUGCAUUUUACUCAUCACAGUGAACAGACACACUUGUUAGUGGAACACACUGGAGCAGGGGGCAGUUGAAGCGCCCAGGGAGUAGUUCGGGGUAUCAGUGUCUUGCUCAAGGACACCACAGCUGUGGGUCCGGGGGAUGUUAGUGGAUGGUCGGGGUCUUGAAUCUGGGUCCCCCGUGGUGGAAGGCGAUGACCUUAACCAUAGGGCCACAGCUGCCCAAAACAUUAUGGCUAGAUGCUUAGCUAACGUCAGCUUUACAGCGCGCUAUCCAUUUCAGCUUCAAAAGAGCAUGUCUGUGCCAUUAAGGCGAGCAACACAAAGGUAAUUUCACAAGACAGUAGCCAACUGUCUAACUAAGUGUUCCAUUUCCCUUCCAAGCAGUUUACCUCACAUACUGUAAUAUAUUCUUUUCCACUGACACUUCAAAUCAAUUCAACUUUAUCCAUAUAGCACCAAAUCAGAACAGUAGAUGUCUCAGGGCAGUUUGGACAUGAAGCAGGUCUAAGACCACAUCUCCGCACUCAUUAAAACACCAACUGAACCCCACAUGAGCAAGUGGCGACAGAGGCAAGGGAAAAAUCCCUCUUGGGAAGAAACCUCAAGCAAACCCAAGACUCAGUGUGGGGUGGCCGUCUGCAUUGACUGGUUGGGUUAGAAAGCAGAAGAGGAGAGUGAGAGUGAGAAAUCAAACAAACAAACAAAUCAGCAAGGGAAACUCCAGAUCCAUAGGAAAUGAGUACAGUUGGUGAUGAUACCUGGAGCAUGAGACAUGGAACAAUAGGUUGCAAAAGUGUGUGAAAUUACAACAGAAAAAGUGACAUGACGCUCGGGUACAGUGAACAAUUUGCACAUCCAAAGCUCAGUGGUAGAGAAGGCCAAAAUCAUAAUUUAAGUGAAGCCCGUUUUUUUUUUUCAAUGCCUCUGCUUUGAUCAAAAGACAUGGGAGCUUUUAUUCACUCGUGGUGUCAUGGGGGGGGGGGGACAUCUUCCUGCAGCUGGAAGUAAAUGUGAUGUCAUGGUGAGUAGGUCUACACCAAGGGUCAGCAACCUGUGCCUUCAGAGCCACAUGUGGCUCUUCUGUCCCUCUGCUGUGGCUUUUUUUAUUUUGGGGAUCUAAUUCUAAAUUGAAAGAUUAUGUUAUUCCUACAUCCAUCCAUCCAUCCAUUUUCUGAGCCGCUUCUCCUCAGUAGGGUCGCGGGCGUGCUGGAGCCUAUCCCAGCUGUCAUCGGGCAGGAGGCGGGGUACACCCUGAACUGGUUGCCAGCCAAUCGCAGGGCACAUACAAACAAACAACCAUUCGCACGCACAGUCACACCUACGGGCAAUUUAGAGUCUUCAAUUAAUGCAUGUUUUUGGGAUGUGGGAGGAAACCGGAGUGCCCGGAGAAAACCCACACAGGCACAGGGAGAACAUGCAAACUCCACACAGGCGGGGCCGGGGAUUGUACCCGGGUCCUCAGAACUGUGAGGCUGACGCUCUAACCAGUCGUCCACCGUGCCGCCUUGUUCCAACAAUAGUAUAAUAAAAUUUAAAUUUCUGUCACUCAAAUUAUGUGUCACAAAUGCUGAUGUGUGACACUGUAGCGUAUAUGGGUCAAAUAAAAAUGUAAUUAAUUUACGAGAAAAGAAUAAGCGACGCGUUACUUCCGGUUUACCGUCAUUUUAAGUUUAAUUGUUCAAAUCAAACUAAUAUGUCUCGAAAAGGGCACCACGUCCCUUUGUAUCGGUAUAAAAUUUAGGAAAAAUUACGAGAAACCUUUUUAUCCGUCCCGUAAUCUGAAGGUUGUUACACUUUAUGAAAUUUUGCGUUCUAGAUGAUAGAGGUUUACUUAAACUCAGAACACACACAAAAUACAACCAAGAAUGUAAUUUUAUAGUAUAUUUAAUGACAUCUACAAGGGAUCUAGAGGGAAACACACAAAAAGGGUCUAACUAUCCAUCCAUUUUCUUUACCGCUUAUCCUCACUAGGGUCGUGGGCUGCUGGAGCCUAUCCAAGCUAUCUUCGGACAGUAGGCGGUGUACACCCUGAACUGGUCGCCAGCCAAUCGCAGGGCACAUAGAAACAAGCAACCCCGGUCCCCAGAACUGUGAGGCAGACGCUCUAACCAGUCGGUCACCGUGGCGCUUAAUAAGUGAUAUAGUUAAUCAAUAAAUAAUAAAUAAGUUAAUGUGCUAACCAGUCGCCCACCAUUCCAGCGGGUCGAACUAAAGAAAAAAAUAACACUAAUAAUGGUGAAAAGAAGGAGAAACUGCAUACAAAAAGGGGAAUAGAACAUCGUGUGUUUGAGUAAAGUUGGAAACGUGAGUGUUUACUGCAUCCGGUGCGGACGGGAGAGAAAAAGAGAGGACAAAGUUGAGACUUUGUCUGAGGCUAGUAAUUUCCCCGAAAUUAUUAGGCACUAAUAUUGUCGUCUGGAAAGGUUGCUGUGUAUACUCACGACCGGAGGCUCAAGCUGGUGGGUGGUAGUUUUCUCUCUGGAAGUGGCUCAGGAAGCCAAGUCUGUUUUAUCCCGGCUUUCGCGGUUACUGAGCCGUGUGCCGUGUGCCCGAAUAAAGAAAGGGCAAAAGGGUGAGGGGUAGUCCCAUGGCCAGCCUGGCUGGCGGGCUCCCAGCAAAACGAGAGGAGAGAAAAAACACGCGAGCAAAACACACGAGUGCCAGGGUUAAGUACCCCAGGGGCGUGUCGAAGAGGGGCGGAGAAGACCACACCCGUCAGCUUGAAUGUUGUCUACAAAUUUGAUAAAAUGGGUUUAAAAUCAUAUAUUAAUAUAAAAUAACCUCAACUUGGUACUCUCUUUACUCACAGGUCAAACACAUGGAAUGUUUAUACUCAACUCAACUGCUUAUGAUUCAAAUCACAUUUCAUGCUGCUGGGAGUCAAAUCAAGACAAACAAUUCUCAAAAUCUCACAAUUGCGUUUGUAAACGUAAACGAUGGAUAAAGCGUUUGCUAUCUGCUACACGAAUGAUGUUAAAAAGUACCAUUACUCACGACCUCACAGAUGGCAUCUUAUAAUCGUGUGUCAAAAUUAAGGUGAUGUCUUCCUGCCUUAAUGUACUGACGUUGUACGCUGAGGUUCAGGAGCCAAAAUCAGUUACUAAAUAUUGCGAUUGGCCAUUUUCUACAAAUAUAUAUUUGAUAUUGUUAAACGAAGCAGCCCUUUUUAAUUCAUCGUGACAGUCGACUGCAUGCCCCACACACAAUAAGGUGAUGACGCAACACAGAAGCAGUAGGGGUUGAACCAAUUAGUCGACAAAUCAAUUCAUCGACUUGGCCGCUGGGCAAUGACGGUUGUUGCUUGAGGAUGACUGAUUGCCACUCACGUGGUUUUGACACAUAACUCUUGCUAAAAUCAACAGAUUGGGUUCAUGUAGCAAAGCAGCAGCGGUGCUAAAACCAUGUGGCAAUGUAUGGCUAAAUAUAAGACUGGUAAGGAAGGUCACCUGCUAAAUAGGCAAGUCUAUUCUGAAAUAUAGGAAAUGAACGAGUGCUAUCUAUGUGUGCUAAUGCUUGCUGAUGAGCAGCCUCACCACCAUAUCAUUCUGUAAAAGUAAAAGGACAACAUACAGUAUUGUUUGCUUACACAAUGACAUGGAGGCAAGCCAUAGUCGAUUGAUAACCUCGUUAUUGUCAAAUUGAACAGUUAAUGUGUCAAAGACACGCAACUGCCAUCUCCUCGCAUCUCGCCUUGUGUGUAUGUGUGUGUCUACUCUGCCACUCUGUCCCUGUCUCUGUUUAGUUAGGGUCGCUGAUCCCUGGUCUUCAUGAGUCGCACAAUAAAUUGUAAGGAAUGAGAUAGCAUCUGUUACAUUUUGGAAGAUAAACAGAAUACUUUACAACUGAAAUCUUAAAAAUGUCUGCUGCAGUGGCAAUACUUAAUAAUGAAUGGAUGAGUUUGUGUGUGUCAGGGACAACCCCUCGGAGCGUCUUGGGAACCAGAAGAACGGUGUGAAGGACAUCCAGAAGCACAAGUGGUUUGAGGGCUUCAACUGGGAUGGCCUCCGCCAGGGAACCAUGGAUUCUCCAUUCACGCCGAGGGUG